UUCUACAAAAGAAAUGAUGUCUUCCCGAUAAAAUCAGCCAGAACACUCAGUGUGCUCUGACCGCUCGAUCCGUUUAGACAGCACAGUAAAAAGUUCAGCAACAUGGCCGAUGAGAAGAAGAAGGUUAAGAAGAAGAAGACCAAGGAAGAGGGAGGUACUUCUGAAACCGCUUCUGAAGCCGCAUCUGAGGCCGCAACCCCAGCACCAGCUGCCACUCCAGCUCCAGCUUCAACCACUGGAUCGAAGAGAGCGUCAGGUGGCUCACGUGGCUCAAAGAAAUCGAAGCGCGCUGGCUCCAGCGUGUUCUCCGUUUUCUCGCAGAAACAGAUUGCCGAAUUCAAGGAAGCUUUCCAACUAAUGGAUGCCGACAAGGAUGGCAUCAUUGGCAAGAACGAUCUGCGCGCCGCUUUCGAUUCCGUUGGCAAAAUCGCCGCCGACAAGGAAUUAGACCAGAUGUUGGGUGAGGCCUCCGGCCCCAUCAACUUCACACAAUUGUUGACCUUGUUCGCCAACCGUAUGGCAUCAUCCGGUGCCAACGAUGAAGAUGAUGUUGUCAUUGCCGCUUUCAAAACAUUCGAUGUCGAUGGUCUCAUUGAUGGUGAUAAAUUCCGUGAAACACUCAUGAACUUCGGUGACAAAUUCUCCGCCAAGGAGUGUGACGAUGCCUGGGAUCAGAUGGUCAUUGACGAUAAGAAUCAAAUCGAUACCGCCGCCCUUAUUGAGAUGCUCACCGGCAAGGGUGAGGAAGAGGAGGAGGAAGCCGCCGCUUAAACAGCGCUACACUCUGCACUCUAGCAACAACACCAGCAAACAAAUAAGUAAAAACAAAAAAAAAAAUUAUAUAUAAUAUUAAAAAAAAAAAAAUAACCUUUAAUACAAAACACUAAGAUCCUGUUUUGAAAACCAAAAAAAAAAUGUAUCUUUACUUUUUUAAAAAAAUAAUUAACAACAACAUACUUUGUGUGUAAAUUGACGCAUUCAGUUAUUUGCAAGAAACAACCACAACAACUUUUCUUCAGUGCAAACAAAGAGCAUUACAAAAGUUAGUCCCUAUAUUAGUGUGCGCGCUAUGAAGCAAUGAACAGUUAACUGAAAGCAAAGCAACAAAUGUGUAACGGCACGCAGAAAGUUUCGAUACAAUUUGUGUAUUGUACGCAGAGAUGCGCCUCUCCACCUGCAUCGCGCAUCGGUUAGAUGUCAAGCAACAACUGGCAGCUAGUUUUUUAGUUGAUAAAUUUAAAUUUUAUAAAAACAACAAACAAACUAAAAAAAUACUAAAAUAUUAUUUUAGCAAAAAACCAAAAAAAAAAAAAAACAAAUAAGAAAAAUCAACAAAAAACUUUAAAACAGAAAACUUUCGCGGAUUUUUAUUUGUUGUAGCAGUCUAUUCAACCAACUUCAAGCAUAACAACAAUUGUCCAAAUCCUUUGCACACUCAAUUUAGGGACGCGUGUUUUAAACGUCACACUUGGGUAUGUUUCAGCGCAGUUUAAAGGCGACCAUUGUAGGCCAUUACAUAACUAUUAGUAACUACUAGCAACAAUACACGUUUAUUGUUAUUAACUAUUAUUGCGAAUAAGCUUAGUACGAAUAGACAAACAAGAUAUGAAGUAGUAAAAAGGAAGAAAAAGGCACACUUAAUCAUUCAACAAAAUGUGAAAAUUUCUAAAACCAUCACUCAUCACUCUCAUUCAGCUAUAUAAAUAUUGCUUUUCGCCUAUAUAUUUAUUUUAACACAUAUAUAUAUAUAUACAUACGUAUCACCAAACCAAACCAAAUAUCGAAAUGUACGCAUGAAACCUAAUUUCUAAGUGCUUACCAAAAAAUUUGACAAACAAGAUCUAUAACCUUUCACGAUUUAGUACAUAUAUUAAAAAAAAAAAUCUAAAUGUUUUAUUCAAGUUAUAUGUAUUUAUUCAUACGUACCCAAACUAACCUUAAUUUUGUUUCAUGAAGUUCGAUAUUUACUGUUAUUAUCUUUACCCUAUCCGUUUAUGUUACUUUAUAGCGUUUAGUUUAGAUUUAUUAAACCCUUACCCGAUCCGUGUACGUUUUAUGAACUUCUAUAUAUAUAUAUUCUCUAUAUUUAACGUUAUUAUAUACACACAUAUAUAAAUGUGUGUGUUUGAUUUUGGCUUACUAACACGAACUUAUGAGAAACGUUCAUUUAAUAUGACGAUUAUAGUUACAACUUACUAAACAUUUGCGCGUCACUUGCGUUAUACUUAACUUACUUUUUGUUUAAGACCCAAUUGAAAAAAUAUUAGGAAAAUAUAUAAAUAUAAUUUAUUGCAACACUGAAUCCAUGCACUUAUAUGAAUAUGAGAUGUUCUGUCGAUUUUUUGCAAUUUAACAAAGACUUACAUAAAUAUAGCGCAGUUUAAUUCAACUGAGAAAGCGUUAAAGUUACAAUUAUUACGAAACACGUUUUAAACAUUUUUAAAAAAAUGUAUAUUUAUAAAUAUUUUAGCGAUUGCAUGUUUGCUUUUAGCAAUUUUAAAAUAAAAUUUAAAAGUGAGACAUCCCUUGGAGAACUUAUACAUAUAUAACGAAACAAAUAUGAAGAUGAUAUAAAAAAAAAUAAAAAAAAAAAUACUUAUAUAUUCGAAAACAACAUGCAUGUUUGAACUUAUUAUUUACUCACAUAUAUACUAUAUAUACAUAUUGCAUAACUUAUGAUGCAUUCUAUAUUAAUUUCAAUUUAAUUCAAUUGUUCUGUUACUAACACGCAAGUAUAGAGAAAGUAUAUUCAUACAUAUGCUUUGCGAAAGCUAUUGUGCGUUUAUAUGCAAUAUUUAUAUAUACAUAUAUACGUAUUUAUAUAAACGAAACAUUUAACAAUUUUGAAAUUUAUGCAUUAAUAACUUACAUACUUGUGUUUGUAAAUAUGUUGCUAAUCAACGAUUAGCUGUUAUAUGAAAAGAGAAAAAGCUUUAGGAAGUCUAAUGAUUAUUCACAACAAAUUACAACCAAAAAAUAUUUAAAAUUCUACUAUUUUACACUUAUACAUUAUUUUAUAAAUAUAUAUAUAAAAGAAACUAUUAGUUAUUAUAUGCUUGGUAUAUAUUUACAUAUAUUUAUAUGUGCCAAGAAAAUGUGCUACUAACCAAUUUUGAAAAAAAAUACAUAAAAACAUAUAUGUAUAUUUACUAACCGCAUAAAAUACUCAAAAAUGUUACACUCACAUGCAAGCAAACAACGAACAUUAAUGAAAACAACAACAAGGUAACAGUGAGAAAAAAAGUAUUUUAUGGCAAAUGUAUGUACAUGCAUAUAUAAAUAUGUAUAUAUACAUAUAUAUAUAAUAAUACAUAUUUAUAUAUACAAUAAAUAUAUAUAUAUGAUAUUUAUAUACAUAAAUAUAUAUAUGCAUGCACUUACCACAAUACUAGUACAACAAGUACAUAAAGAGCGGCAAAACCGAACGAUGCUACUAUCGAGUAACACGAAUACUAUCAAAAAUACUCAACUCAUUUAAACGAGCGCUCAAAUACUUUGAAAAUAUCUAUUUUAUAUAAAGCAUAUAUAAGCAAAUAGAUACGCACUAGUCCUAUAAAUGCUAAUACCAACACAAACUAACUGUAUAUAAUGUAUAAACUGAGCAAACCUGUACGUAUAUACUAAUGCUAUGAACAUUUUUGUGCAAAUACAACACUGUUACUCAAACUGCAAA